AGCUUCUACAACGUCGCCAGGCGAAGUCUUUUCACAGGUUCGAAAAGGGGAAAAAGAGGAAAAGAGGGUGGAAAUGGAGAGCGGGAAGACGACGAAGCCGAGCGGAGGGAGGAAAGGGGCGACAAAGAGGAAGCCUGUAUCCAAGUCAGUGAAAGCGGGGCUUCAAUUCCCUGUUGGAAGGGUUGCUAGGUUCUUGAAGAAGGGCAGAUAUGCGCAGAGGCUCGGCACUGGUGCUCCUAUCUACUUGGCUGCCGUCCUUGAAUACUUGGCUGCCGAGGUUUUAGAGCUUGCGGGCAAUGCCGCACGUGAUAACAAGAAGACCCGUAUUAUUCCUCGACACCUUCUUUUGGCCGUGAGGAACGAUGAUGAGCUCGGGAAACUGUUGAAUGGUGUGACCAUUGCUCAUGGGGGCGUUCUGCCUAACAUCCACCAGGUCCUCUUGCCCAAGAAGACCGAAAAGGCUGCUGCUGAACCCAAGUCGCCAGGGAAAUCACCCAAGAAGGUGAAGUCCUAGGAUUCAGAUUUGGGCUUGUGGAGAGAGAUGUAUCAGUGAGAGCUCCAAAACUAAUUACUUAUGUAAAUAGAGCUUUGCUUUUCAUUAGAGGACUAUAUGGGUAUUACGAUAGAAAAGGGAGCUGGUAUUCAUGGUUUUUGUACGAUUGUAGAUCUGAAUUUCUAGUUGAAAUUAUUAAAGCUUUGUAUGAAUCUGAUCAAACGAGGUCUUCAUUUUUUGUU